CCGCUACACUUCCGGUUUCGUACUUCCUGCUUCCUGUUGUGUUUGGGAGUUGACGCUCCGCAGUUACACCGUAAUAACGUGGCGAUGGUGUGACAUCAUUUACACGUCUUUAACACGUUAUAGCGUUCAUUAACACUGACGGGUGACGACUGGGUCUGACAUGCAGUUUACACCGAGCAACGGGGACUUUACCUUCGUCUCCUCCACUGGGGCUGAAGAACUGAGUGGGACGAUCGAUGCCCCGGACAUUAAGCUGAACAUGGGCAGUGAUCACACUCGAGACGCCUACGCUGCUAACUUCCUACGGCAGAGAGGUUACGGGUGGCUGCUGGAGGUGGAGGAGGAUGAGGCUGAAGAGACCAAACCCUUACUGGAGGAGCUGGACAUUGAUCUGAAGGAUAUCUACUAUAAGAUCCGGUGUGUGUUGAUGCCCAUGCCGUCUCUGGGCUUUAACAGGCAGGUGGUCAGAGAUAACCCUGACUUCUGGGGGCCGCUGGCAGUUGUGCUGCUUUUCUCCAUGAUCUCCAUCUACGGACAGUUCCGGGUCGUGUCUUGGAUCAUCACCAUUUGGAUAUUUGGAUCACUGACAAUCUUCCUGCUGGCCAGAGUCCUCGGUGGAGAGGUUUCAUAUGGUCAGGUGCUGGGUGUGAUCGGAUACUCACUGCUCCCUCUCAUCGUCAUCGCACCUUUACUGCUGUUUACAGGAGCGUUUGAAAUCGUCUCGACUCUCGUGAAGCUGUGCGGCGUGUUCUGGGCGGCAUAUAGCGCUGCGUCUCUGCUCGUCAGCGAUGAGUUCAAAACGAAGAAGCCUCUCCUCAUCUACCCCAUCUUCCUCCUGUACAUCUACUUCCUGUCCCUGUACACCGGCGUCUGAUUGUCUGAACGUCAUUCCUCGACCCUUUGCUUGGACGUUGUCUCAGACGUUUGUGGACGAGUCACGCGACGCUGACGAUGGAGCAUGGAAUAUAAAAAUCAUUUGAUUUUCUGUACAAAGUUUCUGUAUUUAAUGUCCCAGAUUCACUUUAGCUUUUCUGCAGUGCUCAGGCUGUGCUGGGCUUCUGCUCGUCACAGCGCUCGUAAGUCUGUUGGAGGAGAGACGUCUGUCCUUUAGCCCUGUCAUUAAUCCCUAACAAACAGAAGUGUAUAUUUCUGUCAGGUGUUGGAGUUUCUGGAAUAUUUUCUGUACUGUAGAAAACAACAACUCCUUUUUCUGAUUUCUUUUUGUAUAAAGAGGAGCCGAGUGAAGCAGCGUGCCUUUUAGGAGAGGUUUUACAAGCCGAGGUUCAUUUGGUCAGACUGUAAACGUAGCUCAAACAGCUGAUUUGUAAAAUAACUCCAGAAACAACAACUUCAUAUUCAGCAGCUUCACAAAAAAAACCGACAUGGCAGGAUUUUUGUUACAGAUGUGAUGUUCAUGUACAGUUCAUUAUUAUGAUUAAAACACAUUUAUGUCUCAUGA